AUGGCAUCCUCCAGACACAAGAAUGCCAAGAGGAUUGAAGGCUUGGACAAGAACGUGUGGGUUACCUUCACGUCACUGGCAGCAGAUCCGUCCAUCGUCAACCUUGGCCAGGGUUUUCCUGACAUGCCACCUCCCUCAUACCUGAAGGAAGGUCUGGCCCAGGCCGCGUCAGUGGACAGACUGAACCAGUACACAAGAGGCUUUGGCCAUCCCACUUUGGUCAAAGCCCUGUCGCAGGUGUACGGGAAGGUGUGUGAUCGGGAGAUCGACCCCUUCAAGGAGAUCCUGGUGACAGUGGGGGGUGGUGGGUCGCUCUUCAGCUGCAUGCAAGCCCUGGUGGAGCAGGGCGACGAGGUCAUCAUCAUCGAGCCCUUCUUCGACUGCUUCGUCCACAUGGUGCGGAUGGCAGGAGCAACACCAGUGCUGAUACCACUCAGAUUGAAGGCUGGCAAGAAAGGAGACAACAUCAGUAGUUCAGAUUGGGUUCUCGACCCGGACGAACUGGCCAGCAAGUUUACCUCCAAGACGAAGGCUAUCAUCAUCAACACACCAAAUAACCCCAUAGGAAAGAUCUUCACCAGAGCUGAGCUGCAGACUAUAGCUGACCUGUGCAUCAAGCAUGACACCCUGUGCUUCAGUGAUGAGGUGUACGAGUGGCUCAUCUACAAGGGCCACCAGCACAUCAAAAUAGCCACUCUGCCUGGUAUGUGGGACCGCACUGUGACCGUCAGCAGCGCAGGGAAGACCUUCAGUGUCACCGGAUGGAAGCUUGGCUGGUCUAUUGGCCCAGAGCACCUGAUCUGCCACCUGCAGACGGUCAUGCAGAACACCCUCUGCACCUGCCCCACUCCACUACAGGAGGCGGUAGCGCAGGGUCUGCUGGUGGACUAUGAGCGAAUGGGGACACCCGAGUGCUACUUCUGCUCCCUGGCCACCGAGCUGGAGGGCAAACGUGAUAGGCUGGCCGGCAUCCUGCGCUCCGUUGGCAUGACGCCCGUGGUGCCAGAGGGAGGCUACUUCAUGAUCGUGGACGUCACUGCCCUCAAUCAGGACCUGUCGCACAUGGACAGUGACGAGGCGUACGACUACAAGUUCAUCAAGUGGAUGAUCAAGGAGAAGAAACUGGCUGCCAUUCCAGUCACGGCUUUCUGUGGAGAUGACUCCAAGAAGCAGUUUGAGAAAUACAUUCGCUUGUGCUUCAUCAAGCAAGACAGCACACUGGACGCAGCAGAAGUCAUCCUGAAGAACUGGAACAAGUAAACACCACGCUGGGAAAGAGACGAAGACCAGCUAUACUACCUCCCCACUG